AUGGAGGCCCCUACGUCCAUUGAAAUUUCUAAGGCUCUUUAUUUGAGCAAGUCGGUCGUGGAAGCAAAUCUCACCAAGAAAGGAGGAUGCUUUGGUUUUCGUAUGGAGUUUCUGGUUAAAAGGGGUUGCGAUGCUGCUGAAGCAAAAGAAUGGGACACAUUUAGGGCUAUCCUGGCUUUAAGUAUCUAUGGUAUCAUGAUGUUCUCAAACAUGCCCGACUUUGUUGAUAUGAAUGCCAUUCACGUAUUCAUUCUGCAGAAUCCGGUUCCUACACUUUUGGGGGACGUUUAUCACUCCAUCCAUCACAAGAAUAGUCAAAAGGGAGGUUUGGUUAGAUUCUGUGCCCCGUUGUUAUAUCGUUGGUUCAAGUCGCAUUUGCCUGAGCGUGGUGCUUUCAUUGAUAAUAGACACACAUCUAAGUGGGCUGAGAGGAUUAUGGGGCUGAGGGCUAAAGAUAUUGUCUGGUACAAUAGAGCUUUAGAUGACAUGGAAGUUAUUAUGAGUUGUGGAAAGUUCAAAAACGUACCUCUCAUGGGUCUUAGGGGCGGAAUCAACUAUAACCCCGUCCUAGCUAGAAGAACAUUUGGGUAUGCUUUUAUCAGUCCACCUGAGCAAACAGAGAUAGCUGAGAACAUUUUCUAUCAUGUAGCCACCAACAUUGGACAGAUGGCAGAAGCUGUGCAAGCCUGGAAAAGUAUUUGCUGGAGAGAUAAGAAGCAUUUUGGUCAGAGAGACUGUGCAACUUAUGAAGACUAUACUGAGUGGGUCUAG